AGGUGCAAGUCUAAACAAAACGACCAUCUUUUUGUAUUUCAUUGCACGAUUCAAAAGCUAUUCUAAACUUUACACUGCUUUUUGUUAUAUUUUGCCUUUUUAUGUAUUUAUUUUCCGGAGUUUGUUAUCACGUACAGUAGUUAUAAAAUGUUUAGUUGGUUAAACCUUUUUUUUAAUAUAAGAAAACCACGUUGACUGAAGUUUUCUUCUGACGAAGUGAAUAUUACAAUUGGAAAAGAUGGUUGAUUUGGAAAGCGAGGUGCCUCCUCUACCUCCCAGGUAUAGAUUUCGAGAUUUGCUUCUUGGAGACCAAGGCUGGCAGAACGACGACAGGGUGCAAGUGGAAUUCUAUGUAAAUGAAAAUACCUUUAAAGAGAGACUGAAGCUAUUUUUCAUCAAAAACCAAAGAUCAAGUCUAAGAAUACGUCUGUUCAAUUUUUCUCUCAAGUUACUAAGCUGCCUUUUGUACAUAUUCCGUGUCCUGGAUGACCCUACAAAAGGAAAUGCAUGCUGGGGUUGUUCCAAUCAAAACUACACAACAAUUGAUUGGUCACCUGUUAUCUGGGUGAGAAGGAGUCUUCCUUUAUGGGGGUUACAGGUCACAGUGGCCCUGAUAAGCCUCUUUGAAACAAUGUUGCUGUCAUAUCUCAGUUACAAGGGAAACAUCUGGGAACAGAUUGUUCGAAUCCCCUUUAUCCUUGAAAUCAUCAACACAAUGCCCUUUUUCAUAACAAUAUUUUGGCCUCCUUUGAGGAACCUAUUUAUUCCUGUCUUCCUAAACUGCUGGUUAGCCAAGCAUGCCCUGGAGAACAUGAUUAAUGACCUUCACAGAGCCAUCCAGCGGACGCAGUCUGCCAUGUUUAAUCAGCUUCUUAUACUGAUUUCCACUCUGUUGUGUCUCAUCUUUACCUGCAUAUGUGGGAUUCAGCAUUUGGAGCGGGCAGGAAACAACUUGACCUUGUUUGACUCCCUGUACUUCUGCAUCGUCACCUUCUCCACAGUUGGGUUCGGGGACGUCACUCCCAAGAUCUGGCCUUCAAAGUUACUGGUGGUUAUUAUGAUCUGUGUUGCCCUUGUUGUCUUACCCAUUCAGUUUGAACAGUUGGCUUAUUUAUGGAUGGAGAGACAAAAGUCUGGUGGAAACUACAGCCGCCACAGAGCACAAACAGAGAAGCAUGUUGUGUUGUGUGUCAGCUCCCUCAAAAUCGACCUGCUAAUGGAUUUUCUGAAUGAAUUCUAUGCUCAUCCCAGAUUACAGGAUUAUUAUGUUGUGAUACUUUGCCCAACUGAAAUGGAUGCCCAGGUUCGAAGAGUCCUGCAGAUUCCCAUGUGGUCCCAACGAGUUAUCUAUCUACAAGGAUCUGCCUUGAAAGACCAAGACCUUCUGAGAGCCAAGAUGGAUAAUGCAGAAGCUUGUUUUAUUUUAAGUAGUCGAUGUGAAGUGGACCGGACAGCUGCAGAUCACCAAACAAUUUUAAGAGCUUGGGCUGUUAAGGAUUUUGCCCCAAAUCGUCCUCUGUAUGUUCAGAUACUGAAGCCUGAGAAUAAAUUUCAUGUAAAAUUUGCAGAUCACGUGGUCUGUGAAGAGGAGUUUAAGUAUGCAAUGCUGGCACUCAAUUGCAUCUGCCCAGCAACAUCUACCUUGAUAACCCUGCUUGUUCAUACCUCAAGAGGACAGGAGGGCCAGCAAUCGCCAGAACAGUGGCAGGAGAUGUAUGGGAAAUGCUCUGGGAAUGAAGUCCACCAUAUUGUCAUGGAAGAAAGUAUAUUUUUUGCAGAGUAUGAGGGGAAGAGCUUCACAUAUGCCUCCUUCCAUGCACACAAAAAAUAUGGAGUCUGUUUGAUUGGUGUACGGAGAGAAGACAAUAAAAAUAUUGUAUUAAAUCCAGGGCCUCGCUACGUAAUGAAUUCCACAGAUACUUGUUUUUACAUCAACAUCAUCAAGGAAGAAAAUUCAACCUUUAAAAAACAGGAUGAAGAAGAAAGAAUCUGGACAUCCAAUUCAUUUUAUCAGGGCCCUUCUCGAUUACCUGUACACAGUAUUAUCGCUAGUAUGGGCACAGUUGCUAUUGACCUGCAUGACACAGGGUGCAGAUCUUCGAGUGGUCCAAACUUGACUCUUCCUGCUGAUGGCUGUAAAGGGGGAAGGAGGCCCAGCAUCGCACCUGUAUUAGAAGUGGCAGACGCUUCAUCCGUUCAAACAUGUGAUUUACUCAGUGACCAAUCAGAAGAUGAAGCAGCACCUUCAGACGAUGAAGAAUCAACAGGGGAAGAAUAUAUAAAGGGUUAUCCUCCAAAUUCCCCUUACAUUGGGAGCUCACCAACAUUUUGCCACCUGCUUCGAGAGAAGGUGCCAUUCUGCUGUUUAAGACUUGAUAAGGGUUGUCAGCAUAACUAUUAUGAAGAUGCAAAAUCAUAUGGCUUUAAAAACAAGUUAAUCAUCGUUUCUGCAGAGACUGUUGGCAAUGGCCUGUACAACUUCAUUGUUCCUCUCAGGGCUUACUAUAGACCAAAAACAGAGCUCAACCCUAUAGUUGUUCUACUGGAUAACCCGCCAGAUUUGCAUUUUCUUGAGGCAGUCUGCUGGUUUCCAAUGGUUUACUACAUGGUUGGCUCAAUUGACAACCUAGAUGAUUUGCUUCGGUGUGGAGUCUCCUUUGCCGCUAACAUGGUGGUUGUGGAUAAGGAGAGCACCAUGAGUGCUGAAGAAGACUACAUGGCAGAUGCCAAAACCAUUGUAAAUGUACAGACACUAUUCCGACUGUUUUCAAGUCUCAGUAUUAUCACAGAACUUACACACCCUGCAAAUAUGAGAUUCAUGCAGUUUAGAGCAAAAGACUGCUAUUCCCUGACACUUUCAAAACUCGAAAAGAAAGAACGUGAGAAAGGCUCGAAUCUAGCAUUUAUGUUCCGAUUGCCAUUUGCUGCUGGACGAGUGUUUAGCAUUAGCAUGCUGGAUACUCUGCUGUACCAGUCCUUUGUGAAAGACUAUAUGAUUUCCAUCACAAGGCUUCUUCUGGGGUUGGAUACUACACCUGGAUCUGGGUUUCUUUGUGCUAUGAAAAUCACAGAGGAUGAUUUAUGGAUCAGGACAUAUGGAAGGCUGUAUCAGAAGCUGUGCUCCUCCACAGGAGAUAUUCCCAUCGGAGUUUACAGAACAGAAUCACACAAACUAGCAACUUCUGAGUCUCAGAUUUCAGUGAACGUUGAUGACUGUGAAGAUACCAAAGAAACAAAAGACACGUUUGGUUGCCGAAGCAACCACCGCAACUCAACAUCGAGUGACCAGUCGGAUCGUCCACUCUUGAGAAAGAAAAGUAUGCAGUGGGCAAGACGACUGAGCAGAAAAGUGCCAAAACACUUCAGCAAAACAGACGAGAAAAUAAGCCAGCAAAGAAUGAGUCUUUGCAAGAGAUCUGAAAGACAAGAACUGGCUGAACUGGUGAAAAACCGAAUGAGGAAUCUUGGUCUCUCAACAGCUGGCUGUGAAGGAAUGAAUGAUCAUCAGAAUAUGCUCUCAUACAUUCUAAUAAACCCUUCUCCAGACACACGACUGGAGCUGAGCGAUAUUGUCUACUUAAUCCGUCCUGAUCCACUGGUCUAUGUUCCGAAGGAUCCCGACAGCAGGAAAAGUAGCGUGGGCAAUAACACUGGAGGUAGUCAAGACGAGACCCAGCUUUGAUGAAUUCAAAUAAGCUACGGACUGAAAGAAAACAGAAAACAUGUAUUAAGACACAAGAAUAGCCACUUGUACAUAUAGUUCAUGACAAGUGCAUUUAGAUUAAGAUGCUAUCAUUGUCAUGAAUGUGUUAUGCUCUCGAACAAUAAUUAUUAAUGAUACACCUUUGAGUAUAAUUAAUGUCCACAGUAUGUAUUUCCACUGUGACCAACAUGCAGACAAAUUGCCCACUCUGUAGCAAAUGUAUGUCAAAUCUGCCCACAAUGGAAAGCUGUAAUACAUCAAGGACUACUGUAUCAAGCCAUUGACUUGUUUCUUUUUGUAAUAUAAAUGCAUGCACUAAUCAAAGUAACUUGUAUAUAGAUAUACAUAAUCAACUAAUAUUAGAUCUGGAUCUGAACACUGAAUUAGGAGUAUGCUUUUUAAGACCCUGAGCUGUAAUCAGAAAAGUAGUUAUUUACCACAUGGGUAAAGAUUUAAGUGUAUUUGUAAGGGUCCAUGCAUGCAGAAGCAUCAAAGAUUAUUACCUGCCUCCAUGCUACUGUUUUACCCUGAUGAGGUGCGUUUCAAAAGGAAAAUUCAACUAGUCACCAUGCUUAAAAUGGUUCGAACAUGACCCAGAUCUCAAACAGCUGCCAUCAAUCUAAUUGGGCCAAUGCAUUCACAUAUAAAAGGAAGGCAUUCCUACAGAUCUGUAAUCCUGUGCAAUCUAUGCCUUGCCACGGUGCAGCUAAAAUUCAGGGGUGUUCCUUAAAAAUAUAAUUAUACAUUAAACAGUAAUAUACUGCACAAUUGUCAAAAAUGUUUUUUGGCUUGUAUUACUAUUUUAAAGCUUUCAUUAAAACUAGAGACUAGUUUUAAUCCAAACUAGAUACUCUCGACUUUCAUAAACUAUGGCAAAGUAUUAGUGCAAAAAUCUCACCUAUUCCCAGUUUUUAUCAUCCAACUUGACCAUUGUUUUGCAUGCAGAGAAAUAAAAUACAGACAUGAAAGGAUGAAGCUCAAUAAAUAGUUUAAUGCUGAUAGGAUUUUUUUUUUUACUGGAAUCCACCAACAUACUACUUACAGAGCUUUGAUGUUCAGUGGGGCCUUAUCUCUGUUAUGCAAGAGACUGGCCUAUAUAACACUUUUCUAUCUCAAAGAAUUAGUUAUCAUUGGUAAAAGAGAACAAAAAUAUAACUAUUCAAAAAUAUUUUCUUGUAAAUGUGGUGUAUACAGAAUAUUUCAAUAGCAAGAAAUGUAAUUGUAAACAAAGUUUAUUGUAAACAUCAUGUUUGUAUUCCAUUUUGGCAUUUUGCAUUGGUUUGUACAGCUGAAUGUUAACAUCUUCAACUGGAUAACCCUUGGUGGUGUUGUACAUUUUCUGUGCCACUUUUUUGACACAGGGUGAUUAUAUACCUUAAAUCCCUAAUAAAUAAAAAAAAACAUUUGUGCAGUAUAUCAUGGUACAAUCACAGGCUAAAAAACAACAAGGGCGUGGUCUGCUGCAAACAGUAUACAGGAUUUUAAAAGCAGCCAAGCUGGUAUAAAACCUCUUUGCAUUGAACCAAAAUUGAACAUAACCAUUGCAGUAAAAAGAUGCAAAAGCAAAUCAUACAGCAGAUUAAGAAAAUGUACACAAUAGAAAGUAUCCCUCUAAGGUCACUCAUCAAUUCAUGGUAAUCCUCAUUGUUAGGAAAGUACUGGUUUAUUAAAUCUGCGCUGAGGGGUACUGUGGCUGGCAUGAAGUUCAAAAUGAAAUACGCCCACACUCCCCAAAACAGAUUUGCUCUCUUUAUUCCCCUUGUGCAUUAACAAAAGGCAGUGUUUCAAAGCAGCAACAAGCUUCUUGUGUAGAGCUGCUGUGGCAGACAUUCUUCUUUUUGUUUGAUGGUAAUAUUUUGUUGGGAAGUAAAACUAAACAUAUGUAAUGGGUGGGACCGUGUGCCUCACCUUUAAUUGAAUGAUUAUCUUCUGUAAAAAGCUGUCCGGCUCUCUUUCAUGAAUGGAUGCUUGCUGCUGCUGGGGUUGCCAUCGCUGUUCGUGGGUCUCCAUUUUAGUCGAAUUUUCCUUUGUCCCAAUGCAAUGCUUGUUUUAUUUGGGUUUUAAUGAAAUGUGUUUGUUAGGACGAGCCGAGGGGUUGCGUUGUUAACCCCUUAAGGAUCGGGAUCGUGUUAACACGAUUAUACUGAAUUGGGCUUCUAAGACCACGAUCGUGUAAACACGAUAAAAAGAAAAACGCACUUCGUUUUGAGAUGAACAGGGCCACCGUACUUUGCAGUACAGCCUGCAAACACAUAACAUUGAAUAAUGGAGGGACUGACAUUCACUUCCUGAUGUUUUACACAAUCUCUAGCGAGACAUGAUAAUACUUUUAUUGGAGAGUGCACUUGGUACUGUGAUUCAAAUCUUUUUAACAACAAGAAGUAAAUCAACUAUUAUAGUACUGACACAGUACUAUUAUAGUUACCUGGAGCUCGAUAUACAGGUAUUGGGUAAGACUAUUCCAAGGGGUGUUAGUUGUUAAAGACCCCCCACCUGCCAGUGUUCAACAGUGUUGGGAAGUUAUUCUAGGCAUGAAUGUCAUUAGCAAGUGUUAUCAUGAGUUGUUUGACCAGCAUGGUGCUGUGCUUUUUACGCCCCCUCUUUUGCAGCAAUUUGAUUUUGGGUGGGUGCAGGUACUCCGUCAGUGUCCUCGUCUAGAGGUAACAAGUUGUAGAUCCAGGGAGGGCAAGAUAAAGGUACGUGGGAAAGAUGUAGUCCAUAUCCCUGCAGGUACUAUGAAGUUUGUAAUUUCCACAUGCCUCCAAAGUGGUGGCUCUAUGCCCACAUAAGCUCUUUUGGAACCUUUAGACCCAGGGGGAGUUAACUUGCCCAAAAGUUUAUUGAUGUCCCAUACCCUAGUAUUAUUACAGCAAGGUUUAGCUAACAAUAAAAAUGUGUACAACAAAGAACUGGAGGACCCUGUCAGUGGCAUCACCAGGAUACUGGGCUUCAGGGCAUUAUA